GUGACUCAAGACAUGAACCUGGGCCAAUGGUUGAACAGCGAGUACUCCGACCGUGACAAGUUUGAGCGGGUCAUCAGUCGCAUUGUGCACAGCAGGGGUUUCUCUCCUGAAGAAAUGGACAGUGACGACUUGCUACCUUUGAUCAGAACCUUGCUGUUCUUCAAGGCACAGUACCAGCACAAGAAGACACAAAUGGAGUACCAUUUCGAAGCCUUGCGUUUGGGACAAGAAACGGCCGAGAAGCAACAGCCCUCGGCGCUUGACUUCGUUGGCCAGCUUGGCUUGGCGUUGGAAGAGCAUGUCAAGUCAACCGGGAAAAAGGUCCCACUAUUUCAGGGCAUCAAUCAUGUGGUGACUGAAUUCAACAAGACUGUCACUGUGAAGAAGUGGCGCAUCGACCCUGCAAAGAAAAGGAUCAUCACCAACCUCAUGCGCUGUCCAGAAGAGGCGCAGCUUUCAACGCAUGCUUGGUAUUGGCAAUGGCUGUUGGAGUCGAAGGUGGCUCCGAUUUUUGACAGCCGGGGAGAGUUUUUCAAAGUUGUGCUCAUGGAUCGUGCGCCUUGCUUUAACUAUGAGCUGCUGUUGUGGAUAG